CUCAUCCCCCGUCCAGGACCUCCCCCCAGACUUAUCGAAGGUCCUAGAACUGGUGACAGAAGUCUGUAUCAACAACAAGUCCUCGACGAAGAUACGUACACCGAAGCUCUUUCACAUAUCAUCACCCGUGAUUUCUUCCCAAACCUUCCCCAUAUACACGCUACCAACGCCUAUCUCACCGCUUUGACCAACAAUGACCCCGAACUUCUUUCUUCCGCUAUCCGACGUCUUGCCGCUUUGGCUCAAGAGAAAGAUGACGCUCGAUCGGGAUCAAACAAUGGGCAAGAACAACGUGACGCUGAAGAAUCCAGAAGGAGGGAGUUGGAGAAUAUGGGAACACCUUAUAUUACCAUGCCGGGGAAUAGAAGGUCUCUUCGAACUCCCAUAGGAGCGAGAGGAUGGGAUACGCCAGAUGUCAGAGGUGAAUCCUCUACCAGACGACGGGAUGACGACGACGACGAAGAAGAUGUAGACGAAUUAGAGGGAGAUAAAGAUAGACCAGGUCCAUCUAAACCUAGAAAGCGACGGAAACCUCCUGCUCCACCGAAAGUCCGGGAUGAUUUGAGUCUCGAUGCUUUUCAACGAAAUUACACUUCCGAAGAUAACGCUUCUUUCGUUCAGAUCGUAGAUGCUGAGAACAAGCAAAGAAGGGAAGAAAGAUGGGGUUGGGCAUGGGAAGCUGAGAGAAAGGCAGAACAGAGACGUAUAGAGGGAGAAGAGAAGAGAAGGUUGUUGUUGGAAGCGGCUACGAGUGGGAAUUGGAGAGUGGAUGCCAAUGGGAAAAGACUUGUUGGUGGUUUGGAUGAAGGAGGGAGGGACAGGACAGAAGGAGAAGCAUGGAGAGACAGGAAGAUGAUCAGUUCCGGAGAUCAACCUACACAUACUGCUGCCGGUCAACUACCAAAGCAGGUAGAGGUAAUAGUAGCGGAGGGGACUCUGGUGCUUCACUCGGCGGGACAGACUUCAAACGCUCUCAUCACUAAGGCUGAUGCGGAGGCUUCAAUGGUUAAAACAACACCCGACUUGGUGGAGAAAGAAUUACCAGUGGAUCAUCCUCUGAGUCGCGUAUUGGAAGAAGCAGGUUUACCAACCACCGUACUGGUCUCUUCUGAAGACGGUGCCAUCGUUCCUCAUCGAGAAGCCGUCAAUGGAGAAGGGGAAGGUAGAGGUCGAGGAGUUGAGGAAAGAGAACGAAGGGAGAAAGUUGAGAAAGAUGUUAUGGGAGAGGUUCGAGGUGAUACAUUAUCUUUAGCUGGGAGUGGGACUGAUCAAUGGGGUUAUAAAACGAGAAACAAUUUUUAUUUUCCAGCUGAUGCCAAUACGGCACCUUAUCCAACAUCAAGAAACGUUGUCAAAACUUCUGAAGGUGCACGUCAAGCUCCACCUUCCAUAUCUCACGCCAAUACUCGAUUACAAGAUGAAGAAGAAGUUCGACCUGCUCAUACAUUUCGAGAAGGUAGUAAACGUAGUAGUAGUCCUGCUAGAAGUUGGAUAGAUGCCGCUGUUAAAGGUACACCAUGUGGAAACGUACCUGAUAUGCCUGAAAUAAACGGUUAUCCAUUAGUACCUACCAACCCAACACCUUUACCACAAGAUCUUCCAUCUUUACUCACUUGGGGAACACUCUUAUCGACCCCUAGAGCAUUAGAUGGAAAUGAUGAUCCUCUAGAUUUAUCAGGUCCAUCAUUCAAAUUACCAGAAUCAAAACGACGUGAUGAAUUAGGUAGAAAAUUAGGUGAUAAAGCAGGUAGAGCAAUGAACGAAAGAGCUAAAAGCUUUACACCUCAUCCUGAAAAAACAAGAAAAUCAUCAAAUGGUAAUAAAACACCAGGUCAAAUGUUACCUCCUUCAACUCCAAAACGUCAGGAUAAUCUUACUCCAGCAGCAAAGAAUUUAUUACAAAGAAGUUUAGGAAUGAGUCCUAUGAUUAAUUCUGGUAAAUCUGGACUAGGUAUUUCGACCGGAGCGAGAAGUAGAAGUGCUGUUAUGGAGAAAACUACAGGUUGGAAAAAUACA